UGACUAUCCGCCGAAUGCCUCCGUAGCUGACGUCAUCACAACGCGUCUUUGUUUAACUUUUCAUUAAAUACACAUCUGAUAAUAAUCAUUUGACAUUGUGAAAAGAAACAGACAACGAGACACACGCGAAGACUCUUCAAGCCUUCAACAUCUGUUGUAGUGACGUCACCCACAGACGCAUUCGGCCAAGAGUCACCAGUUAACACGGUCACUCUUUACACCGUUACACCGGCUCUCUCGCAGUUAGCAUUGUGUGUGUGUGUGCUAACAUUGUAGGUUAUCAGGGUAAUGUCAGAAAAGACAUCAGCGUUUAGUUGAGUUCUCCUUCUUUGAAUCUUAGAUGAAUUCUCGUUGCAAACCGCCGAUAAAAACCAAAGAAGAAGAAAAAGAAGAGUCUGUGUGUAAGAUGUCCGGGUUUCAAGAACCGACAGGACAAACAACAACAUGUGGAUACGAAGAGGAGCUCCACCGACAAAGAAAAGUGCUGGAUGUGAUUUUAAUACCUGAAAUCAAGCUGCAGAGAGCAGAUGUCCAGCAGCUGUUGGUGAUUAAAGAAGAGCUUCCACCUGAGCAGCAGGAGUGGAGCCACAUUCUGGACCAGGAGGACACUAAGCCCCAACACAUUAAAGAAGAACAGGAGGAACUGUGGAGCAGUCAGGAGGAAGAACAGCUUCAAGGACUGGAGGAGGCUGAUACCUCUGACUUCCCCUUCACCUUGGUCAUAGUAAAGAGUGAAGAUGAUGAAGAGAAACCUCAGUCCUCACAGCUUCAUCAGAGACAAACUGAACAGAUGGAAACAGGAGUUGAUGGAGAGGACUGUGGAGGAGCAGAACCAGAGAGGGACUCAGAUCCAGAGAGACAUUUACAACCAGAGAUUAAGGUCAAGAUAGAAGACUGUUCUGAAGUUGAGACUGAAGACAGAGAAGAUGAUUGGAAGGAGACCAGAGGACAUCUGUCAGGUACAAACUCUUUUGAAAACACUGAAGAUGAGGGACCACUGAGUGAUAAGAAAUCACACAGCUGUUCUGAGUGUGGCAAAACAUUCAAGAAGAAACCAGAUCUAACCAGACACAUUAGAAUUCACACAGGAGAGAAACCCUUCAGCUGCUCUGUUUGCAAUGAAAAAUUUAACCAACAAGGGCAUCUGUCCAAACACAUGAGAAUUCACACGGGAGAGAAACCCUUCAGCUGCUCUGAUUGUGGUAAAAGUUUUAACCAAAAAUGGGAUCUGUCCAGACACAUGUUGGUUCACACAGGAGAGAAACCACACAGCUGCUCUGAGUGCAGUAAAAGCUUUAACCAAAAAUGUGAUUUGAAAACACAUGAGAGGUCACACAGGAGAAAAACCUUUCAGCUGCGAUUUCUGUAGUUUAAGAUUUAGGCAAAGAGGGAAUCUGAACACACACAUGUUGGUCCACACUGGACAGAAACCGUCCAGCUACUCCGCCUGCAACCAACGAUUCU